GUACAAUAAUUACCCUUCUUUACUACUUUUCUACGAGAGGAAAAAAAAAUCCAAAGAAAUAGUAGAUUUUCUAAAGGAGUCCAAUAUUAACAAAAUCAAUUACUCCAUCAUUAAAGAAAAAUCCAGAAUUAGAUAAACAAUAAUCUCCCAAUUUUAGGUUUCAGUAAAGUAAAAGUUCAGUCAACUUCCCAUAAAACGAACAAAUCAUGGUUGAUUUAACAAAUUAUCAUAAUAUUCCCCUUGAACGCAAUUUUCCCAAAACGGCACCGUGUAACCAAAUCAUUGCAAUCUCAUAUGUAACAUUAUUUACAUACCUUAAAUACACAAAAUUCAAAGAUUUUCUUGGAUGAAAAUUUGCCACAAUCUUCACUAUAUAAACCAAUGCCCUCUCCCUUUGUCACAAUCAAACUAAUCUCACUACAUCAUAAAAAAUGUGCUCUUACAUGAAUUCCCUUGUUUUGGUUUGUUUGGUACUAGGAUCAUUGUGUGUGAACGUAGCGGAAUCCAGAGAUUUGAACUGUCUCCACGAAAAAGUCGAAUACUCGGCGAUAAACUGCAGGAAGCACAGUGCAUUAUUAACAGAUUUUGGAGGGAAAGGGGAUGGUGUGACAUCAAACACGGCUGCAUUCAAGGCAGCAAUUGCUAACCUCAGCAAAGUUGCAUCCGACGGUGGGGCCCAGCUCAUCGUGCCACCUGGCAAAUGGCUGACCGGAUCGUUUAAUCUGACCAGCCAUUUCACACUCUACAUUUCAAAGGAUGCCGUGCUCCUUGCAUCUCAGGAUGAAACGGAAUAUCCUCUGAUUGAUCCGUUGCCGUCGUACGGAGUUGGAAGAGACGGAGGGAAAAGGUUUAUCAGUCUUAUUUUCGGAACCAAUCUAACUGACGUUGUCGUUACAGGAGGGAAUGGGACAAUUGAUGGGCAAGGUGAAAGCUGGUGGAAGGAUUUCAAGAGCGGUAAAUUGAAAAACACGAGACCUUAUUUGAUCGAGAUCUUAUACUCUAGAAAUGUCCAGAUUUCCCAUCUUACCCUCAUCAAUUCUCCCUCGUGGCAUGUUCAUCCUACUUAUUGCAGGGAUGUAAUAAUUGAAAGUCUGACUAUUCUAGCCCCAAUUGAUUCUCCAAACACAGACGGCAUCAAUCCAGACUCGUGCAUAAACACACGUAUAAGAGACAGCUACGUCGUAUCGGGCGACGACUGCAUAGCGGUGAAGAGCGGGUGGGACCAGUACGGAAUCAAGUUCGGCAUGCCAACUCAGCACCUCAGCAUCAAGCGGUUCACGUGCAUCUCCCCCGACAGCGCCGUGAUCGCCCUCGGCAGCGAGAUGUCCGGCGGCAUCCAAGACGUACGCGCCGAGGACGUCCACGCCAUCAACUCGCAGGCCGGUGUCAGGAUCAAAACCGCCCCGGGGCGUGGGGCCUACGUGAAGGACAUAUUCGUCCGAAACCUGAGAAUGGAGACCAUGCAGUACGUGUUCUGGAUGACCGGCGCGUACGGCUCACACCCUGACGAUGGCUACGACCCGAAAGCCCUGCCUGUGGUCAACAACAUUAAUUUCAAAGACAUGGUUGGGAAGAAUGUCUCUAUGGUUGGCAACCUUGCCGGGAUCGAAGGCCACCCGUUCACCGGUCUUUGUCUCUCGAACAUAACUGCUGAGCUGGCGGUCAAGAAGAAGAAGAAGAAUAUUCACCCGAUUUUUUCGUCGGAGAAGAAGAAGCUGCCGUGGAAUUGUACCGAUAUUAGUGGGGUGUCGAGCCAAGUUACGCCUAAGGCGUGUGAUUUGUUGCCGGAGAAAAAAGUUGAUUGCGCUUACCCUACCGAUAUCCUGCCUAUCGAUAAGGUUGUGUUGAAGACUUGCUCCACUUGAUGAUGAUGUAAUAAUAAAUUAAAUCCAAAGUAUUUUGUUUAGGGUUUAUGCUUAUGUUUGUUUUAUUUUAUUUUGAUAUGAACUUAAAUUAAUUAUAUGAGUUCUAUAAACUAUUUACUUGAAA